AUGGGUCCUAAAAGUCGCCGCGGACGUCGGCGGCAGAAGCGCACAGACGCUUUCGUCCAAGUCAUUGUCGUUACAGUUUAUUGCAAAGGUCGGAAAAUUCUUUGUCGUCCUAGAUGCGACCUGAUCUACGCCUACGACACGUUAUUGGAAAAACUAAAACUGCAUUCUUCAACGUGCCGCACUGUUUCGAGCAUUAACGAAAGAAAUGUUUUGUGUUCUUUUCAUGUUGCAUUUAGGCGUGAAAAGUUCGUGAUUUUAGUAGAUUGGCCGCAUCAUUCUUCGUCAUUAUUGAAACAAAGGAUCGAUUACAUUCUGGAGUCUGCAAUUAAAAGGAAGAGAAAUCGUCUCCUUUGGGUGAUUCAGAUUAUGGUCUCAAUUUUUGUUUUGGUAUCGAAUAUAUCCAUAGAGAUCUCCAGGAAUACGAGCUUCAACAGCCUACUGAAGCACCCACUUCGUAUUCUAAGAGAAGUUGUUUGGAUUCUGAUGACAAAAACGAACAAUGGGACAUAAUGACAUCUCACU